AUGGCAAUGACCAUGACCACUUCAGUGGCGUCGCCGUCCCGCCGGCUGCUUAUCGACUCUCGCUAUAGUACCGCCAUCACUAUCCCCAAGAAUGUGGCAAUUUACCCAGCAACAGCAGUUACAAAUAAGGGGCUAUUGAAGCACUGUAUAUCCUCGCAAGGAUGCGUAAGAUCUCUGGUGAAACCAGUAUCGGCUGCUAGUUCAGGGCUAGAUGCAGAUUUGGCUGAUGAAUGCCUUAAAAAUGCAAAGAUAGUUGUUGAAUCCAAAGAAGCUGAGAAGAUACAAGUCAGAGUAGAUGUGAACGAGGAGUACACAGAAAUGGUUUUCGACAGCGUUUUGACAAAAUUAGCAAAAUCAGAGCAACCAAUUCCAGGCUUCCGCAGGGAAAAAGGAGGGAAAACAUCCCAGGUUCCUAGGGAAUUUCUACCGCAGAUACUUGGUGAAGAGCGAGUUACCAAUUCUGUAAUACGAGAAAUUAUCAACUCAACUCUUGCUGAUUAUGUGAAGAAGGAGAAUUUGGCGGUGAAGGAUAACAAGAUUAGCAUCACACAAACUGCGGAUGAACUCAUGUCAUCCUUUGCUCCGGGAACUGAAUUCGGGUUCAACGCCAUCUUAGAGCUUGAAAAAUCAAAAACUGAAGCCACCACAUAA